GAGGCCUUGCAGCGUCCUUAGGGUUAUUUCAGGGUCGGAAGUAAGGCUGAAGGUGGACAGUAGGAAAGGGUUCCUCACCAGAGGGUGUCGGGCCCUGAGACGGGCUUUGCAGGGCACUGGAUCCAAGGUGCUGGAGUGCAGGAAGCGUUUGGAGAACUCUCUCAGACGUGAGCUUUGACUUGAGGCCGCUGCUGCGUGGAGCCAGGAGUUGGGCUCGGUGAUCCCUCUCCCAUCUGGAGAUACUCUGUGGUUCUGUGACUGUGCCCGCUUUGCCCGUCUGCAAUUCUCUUCCCUCACUACUUACAGGGAGCACUGCUGGGACUGCAGAGGAGUGUAUGUGUGCUUUUGAGGAUGUCUGAGCAUGGAUUUCAGCGUUGAUGGUUGUUUUGGGUUAGACAGGUGAAAAAUAGGGAGAGAACCAGGAAUCCACGUUCAUAAAUUCACAGAAUUAUAUGACUGUUUGAGUUGGAAGGGAAAGGAUUAUCCAGAUCUAACCCCUGCCAUAAGCUGAUUGCCAAAUUCCAGCUCAGGCUGCACAGGGCCCCCAUCCAACCUGGCCUUGAGCACCUCUAGAGAUGGGGCAUCCACAGCUUCCCUGGGCAGCUGUGCCAGGGCCUCAACAUCCUUAGAGUGAAAGAUCUUUUUCCUAAUAUGUAAUCUAAAUCAACCCUUUUUUAAGUUUAAAACUAUUACCACUUGGCCUUGAUGUUAGAGCAAGGGAAGGGUGGUGUUAGAGCAAGGUUUAGGGUGGUGUUUUGGGAUUCGGAUGGUCUGCGUGAUCUGCAACGAAAACAUUGAUUGAUUAAGAGUGGCAGACUACAUUUACUUCACUUUGCUUCUAUUGUCAGUUUGAGAACAAUAUGUUUGAAGAUGUAGCUUCUCAUCACAUUGUGACAGCACAGAUCAUAGGCAGUGAGAACGUGCUUGUAAGGGCUUGGAUGGCACAGUUACCAGCUGCUGUGUGCCUGAAGGGUCUCGUUAAGCACCUUUUAUUUAGUUUGAAAAAGCUUGUUUUGUCCGAUAUGUUUAAACAGCCUGGGCCUCAUUGUUCACAUCUGAAGGAAGCUUUCUGUUAACUCACUGGUGCCAUGAUCUUAUGUGGCAAAGAGAAUGUUGAUUUUAAAGGCCUGCUGAACACACUGUACUUUCAGGCUUACAUGUUGCAAAGUCACUUGGUGUUGCUGAUUUUCAGAGGUGCUCCCAACUGUGAAUGUGGCACCGUAGCCAUGUCUGUGAAGAGAUGUAGCUGAAUUCACCAAGUCAAGGAAAUAAGAAAUACUUCAAACGCAGUGAGUUAGCUAAAAAAGAAGAGGAGGCCUACUUCCAGAGAUGUGGCUACAAGGUGCAGCAGCAAGAAGAGGAGGAGAAGCCUCUGACUUCAACAAAUCCAGUGCUGGAACUUGAACUGGCAGAAGAAAAAUUACCAAUGACUCUUUCCAGACAAGAGGUUAUCAGGAGGUUACGGGAGAGAGGCGAGCCGGUCAGACUGUUUGGAGAAACAGAUUAUGAUGCAUUUCAACGUCUGAGGAAGAUAGAAAUUUUGGCACCUGAAGUGAACAAGGGCCUGAGGAAUGACCUGAAAGCUGCCUUGGAUAAGAUUGAUCAGCAGUACUUGAAUGAAAUUGUAGGUGGCCAAGAAGCAGGAGAUGAUGACUCACAGAACGACUUGAAAGUCCAUGAGGAGAAUACUACUAUUGAAGAACUGGAGGCUUUGGGAGAGUCCUUAGGACGGGGUGAUGACCACUAUGAUAUGGAUAUUAUCACAAAAUUCUUGAAGUUUCUUCUUGGAGUUUGGGCGAAGGAGCUGAAUGCCAGAGAGGACUACGUGAAGCGGGGAGUGCAGGGAAAGCUGAACAGUGCCACUCAGAAGCAGACAGAGUCCUACCUGAGGCCACUCUUCAGAAAGCUUCGGAAAAGGACACUUCCUGCAGACAUCAAAGAAUCAAUAACAGAUAUUAUAAAAUUCAUGUUGCAGAGAGAAUAUGUGAAGGCAAACGAUGCCUACCUCCAGAUGGCCAUUGGGAACGCGCCGUGGCCCAUCGGUGUCACCAUGGUGGGCAUCCACGCUCGAACGGGUCGUGAGAAGAUUUUCUCCAAGCACGUCGCCCACGUUCUCAAUGAUGAAACUCAAAGGAAAUACAUUCAGGGGCUGAAGAGGCUGAUGACCAUUUGCCAGAAGCACUUCCCAACAGACCCAUCGAAAUGCGUGGAGUACAACGCUUUGUGAGGCUCUGGGUGACCAAGCAUGCCUCACACUGUCAUCUCCUGGACUCGGAGAGCACUGAGGAGAUGGAGCAGUUUGUGCUUUACACCGACAGAAACUGAGGGUGGGCUUUGCAAGAAAGCAUAAAGCAGAUUUCUCUCUGGCUUCCUUUGAACAAGCCCCACUUGGGUAGAUUUCUUUUUCAGUCUUUACGCUGACCAGAUUCCAGCUUUGUAAGGGUGGGGUGGCCACGACCAGGGGACGCUGAUUGUGACCCUCACUUCUACUUCAGUUUGCUGUUCCCAAUGUUGUGCAGGCCGACCUCAACCAAUCUGUUCUGCCUCGGAGCUGUAGGUGAGACUCAGAGGCCGUGUGGAGUUUGUUGGCUGCUUUCCCACUGGAGGCUGAUGUGGGAAGAUGGGGAAGCAGUCAAACUUCAGUCUUGUUAUUUCUGUAAAUAGGAAGAUUUUAAUGGCAAAUCUUUCAUGUGGUAUUUGUGGGGAAAGAAGAAGUUUAUAUAUUUCUCAGCUGAAAAAUACACCCAGUUUCAGUGGAAAGAG